AACCCAGGCGUCCUGACCCCAUGCUCACAGGCCUGCAUCUCUCCCCUGCAGGUGGACCGGGAGAAAACCUCCCUGGCGGCUGACGUGCAGGAGGCCCGGCAGCAGCUGGACAGCGCCAGGGAGGCCUUGGCGGAGCAGCAGCAGCGCAGUGGCCUCCUCCUGGAGCAGCUCAAGGCCAGGCCGGCUUCCCCGGAGCCCCAGCCCUGGCAGGACCUGGUGGCGCAGCUGGAGGGGCAGUUGCGGGCCUCCCGGAAGUUGGCAGGGGAGCUGCAGGCCCGGCUGGCCCAGGCCCAGGAGGAGCUGCUGGGGCUGACGGAGGAACUGGCCACCCUCUACCACCAGGUCUGCGCUUGGCGUGGCCUGACGCCGCAGCGGGUGGUGCUGGAUUAUUACCGGGACGGGCGCGGCACCAGGAGGUCGGCAGGCAGGAGGGAGCCGGCAGGCAAGCCCCGUCUCCAGCCGGAGCCAGGGGCCGGGCCCUGCGCGGACCAGACGCCCCCCGGCUCACCCGGGGAGCCCCUCAACGUCUCCAACCUGGCGGUGGUGCUGCGGGAGCAGCUGGGGCACCUGCAGGGGGCGCUGGUCCUGUGGCGGCAGCAGCCCCCCAGGCAGGGCCCGCCGGCCGCCGAGCUGGAGCGGGACAAGGAGGCGCUGGCCGAGGAGGUGCUGAAGCUCCGCUCCCUGCUCAGCACGAAGCGGGAGCAGAUCGCCACGCUGCGCACCGUGCUCAAGGCCAACAAGCAGACGGCGGAGGCAGCGCUCUCCAACCUGAAGGGGCAGUACGAGGGGGAGAAGGCCCUGGUGUCCGACACCAUGCUCAAGCUACGCCGUGAGCUGAAGGCCCUGAAGGAGGACGCCACCACCUUCUCCUCCCUGCGCGCCAUGUUUGCCAGCAGGUGUGACCAGUACGUGUCCCAGCUGGACGAGAUGCAGCGGCAGCUGGCGGUGGCGGAGGACGAGAAGAAGACGCUGAGCUCCCUGCUGCGCAUGGCCAUCCAGCAGAAGCUGGCGCUCACCCAGCGCCUGGAGAGCCUGGAGAGCCCGGCCCGCGGCACCAGGGCCAGACCCCGCAGCACCAGGAGCACCGCGCACUGACACCGUGGGCGCGGCCUUGCAGAGAAACCCGUGGGAUCGGCGCCAAGCAGAGCCAGCGCCGGGCCCAGCACCGCCCGUGCCUUCAGUGCUGCAAACAGCCGACAGACCCCGACCUCUGCCGCAGCCGCCCCCGCCAGCGGGCGGCCACUGUGCCUUAACCGCUCAGGGCUAGGUAGGGCGUGGCCAGCGGCCCCCUGCCGGCGGAGCACUGGCCGGUGUCUCUGCCUUGCUGAGUGAAACCUUCUCCUCCUGCCUUCGUGGGGUUGGCUCAGGAUCCCCGCGCUUACGGGGCAGGGGCCGGGCCUGGCGC